AAGCUCUUUAUUGCGCAGAAAGGAAAAAGCUUUCUUCGCAGCAGAAGCAGCGGACGCGAGACCUCAGCCAAAUUCCUCGCAUUUCCCCUUCCUCGCGAUCCAUCUGAGCUCGCCAUCGCAAUCCUGAUCGUGUUCGCCCCUCUCGCUCGAGGCCGAGAUCCGAUUCGCCAUGGGAGACAGUCAGUACUCUUUCUCGCUCACCACCUUCAGUCCUUCCGGGAAGCUCGUGCAGAUUGAGCACGCCCUAACGGCGGUGGGUUCCGGUCAGACGUCUCUCGGGAUCAAAGCUGCUAAUGGUGUUGUUAUUGCGACGGAAAAGAAGCUUCCCUCUAUAUUGGUGGAUGAAACUUCCGUUCAAAAGAUACAGUGCCUGACACCAAAUAUCGGAGUUGUUUACAGUGGCAUGGGUCCAGAUUUUCGAGUCUUAGUUCGGAAAAGCAGGAAACAGGCAGAACAGUAUCACAGGUUAUAUAAGGAACCCAUACCAGUCACGCAACUAGUGAGGGAGACUGCAGCUGUCAUGCAGGAGUUUACUCAGUCGGGUGGUGUGAGGCCUUUUGGAGUAUCUCUUCUGGUUGCUGGAUUUGAUGAUAAUGGUCCUCAAUUGUAUCAGGUCGAUCCAUCUGGUUCAUAUUUCUCUUGGAAAGCUUCAGCAAUGGGAAAGAAUGUUUCAAAUGCGAAGACAUUUCUUGAGAAGAGGUACACUGAUGAUAUGGAGCUUGAUGAUGCCGUUCACACAGCUAUUCUUACACUGAAGGAAGGAUUUGAAGGUCAAAUUUCAGGAAAGAACAUUGAAAUUGGAAUAAUUGGCACUGACAAGAAGUUCAGGGUGUUGACUCCAGCAGAAAUUGAUGAUUAUUUGGCAGAAGUGGAGUAACUUGGUUCAUUCUUGUAUACCAGUUUAUGAGGUCUGGGCACAUUCUAUGAGUGGUUCCGUGCAUUAGCAUGACGAUUACUGUAGCUUGGACGUUUAGGUUUCGACAAGUCAGAAAAGCCCAAUUGUAUUGGACAGAAGGUGGAUUUUGUUCCAGUUUGAACGGUUGCAGCAAGUUAUGAGCGCUAAAUCCUUUCGAUUUUAUGGCCAGAACGCGAAAUCCACACUUUUAAGUGAUGAAACUGUGCUGCUUAUAUUUUAA